CCCUCCUCGCUGUCUGUAUCGAUGAAGUUGUUUCAAAGAUGGCGGAUUUCCUGCCGUCCCGUUCCUUUUUAUCUGUAUGUUUUCCUAACUGUCUCCUUACAAGUGGCGAGGCAGAACAGUUGCGGAAAUCUAAAGAGAUAGAUAAGUGUAUUAAUCGAGAUAAGACGUAUGUUAAGAGGCUAGUUAAGAUUUUAUUGCUUGGAGCAGGCGAGAGCGGCAAGUCCACUUUCCUCAAGCAGAUGCGCAUUAUCCAUGGGCAGGACUUCGAUCAGAAAGCCAAAGAAGAAUUCAGAGCAACAAUUUUUAGUAAUGUUAUUAAAGGUAUUCGAGUGUUGGUGGAUGCCAGAGAAAAGCUACACAUCCCAUGGGGCAACCCGUCCAAUCAGCGGCAUGGAGACACCAUGAUGGCCUUUGACACACGAUCUGCAAUGGCUCAUGGUCAUGGCAUGGUCGAGCCUAAGAUCUUCCAGCAUUACCUGCCCUCCAUCCGAGCCCUGUGGGCCGAUCAGGGCAUCCAGAAUGCCUAUGACCGCCGCCGAGAGUUCCAGCUGGGGGAGUCGGUCAAGUAUUUCCUGGACAAUUUGGAAAAGCUCGGACAGUCGGACUACCUCCCCAGCCAACAAGACAUCCUCUUGGCCAGAAAACCCACUAAGGGCAUCCAUGAGUAUGACUUUGAGAUCAAGAACGUGCCAUUCAAAAUGGUUGAUGUGGGCGGCCAGCGCUCUGAGAGGCGCCGCUGGUUUGAAUGCUUCGACUCAGUCACCUCCAUCCUCUUUCUUGUCUCCUCCUCUGAAUAUGACCAGGUGUUGAUGGAGGACCGACAGACCAACCGGCUGAGUGAGUCCCUCAACAUCUUUGAGACAAUCGUAAACAAUCGGGUGUUCAGCAAUGUCUCCAUCAUCCUGUUCCUGAACAAGACAGACCUGCUGGAGGAGAAGGUCAAGCAGGUCUCCAUUAAAGACUAUUUCGCCGAGUUCUCAGGCGACCCCACAAGCCUGCAGGACGUUCAGCGCUUCCUUGUGGAAUGCUUUCGCAAAAAGCGGCGCGAGCAGCAGCAGAAGCCUUUGUACCACCACUUCACCACAGCCAUCAACACCGAGAACAUCCGACUGGUGUUCCGCGACGUCAAGGACACCAUCUUGCACGACAAUCUCAAACAGCUCAUGCUGCAGUGAGGUGGACAUUUCAGGAGUAAGGAGGGGUGUCCGGAGGUAGAUGGAAGUGGGUGUCGGGGUGCCUUGACCUCACCCUCACCCACCUGAGAGGGGAUCAGGCAGUGUCCCUCCACCCAUCCCAUCUGACCCCCUCCUCACAUAACUGACUGUGUAUCAAAGCCACCACUACUGCCACCAUUCCCCAUGCUUGUUCUCUGCCUUACUGAGCUCAUUCACUCUGACUUAUAACAGACGACUUUGGCUCAAAGCCCUGCCCAUCACUGUAAAUGACCUCUGACCCCUGUUCUCUGGUCCCAGUCCACUCUCUCCAGGGGACCUACCCGAGAUUGGUCACAGCAUCUUUGCACAAACCUAAGUCGUUUUACAUUUGUGUGAAAGUACUGCUUCCUGUCACUGUAUUGUAAGUAAUUUUCAGCAGGAUUUUACCUAAAAUCAGUAUAAAUGUGAGUUUUGUUUAUAGAUGUUUUGAAAUACAGCAUUUAAUUUCUCGAUUAAAUGCAUGUACCCUUCAGUAAACAUUAGCCAACAUUUACAGUUUAUCAGUUCUUUUUAGAAAUAAUAAAAA